AUGAGUAACUCCCCAAGAUUUUCGGACUGGAUCAGAAGGAGAAUCUGGGAAAAGAGGGGGAACGAAGCCUCAAGGGAGGAGUCCCUGACACAGCUCAAGUUGCAUGAUUUGGUCCCAGAACAGCAGGGCAGGGCGGAUCAGAUCUCCAGGGACAGAUGGAAUAAUCUGGAGUCCAGAGGGGAAAUCUCAAUGAAAGGAAUAGAGGUAAGGGCGAGACUUCUAUGUCAGGCUAUAGAGGUAUGGGUCAAUAACCUCCCUCAAGAAGAAGAUGGAAUAUGGCAAGAGGCCGGGGCUGACUGUCUUAAGAAGCAAACGGGAUUCUUAUUCGGGGGGGCAGCACGUGACUCCUGCAAGAUAAAUACGAACAAUAAUAACUGGUCAACACUGAGUGCUAGAAGGCAACUAUAUAGAAAUCAGGACUACCAGAGGGACCUAGCCGUAUGUAUGGAUAUGAUGAGCAUAAUUUUAGUGCUAUACCAAAACAUAACACCAACUGUCAAGGGAUGGAGGAUAGAAGGGAAGGACGCAUGUACGGCAAUGUACGAUGAACUCAGAAGCUGGGGAGGCCCAGGAGUGGCACAGGAAAUUAUGAAAGAAUGGUUUUAUAACAAAACGGAAGGAGAGCUCCCCCCCUCGGGUCUCCCUAUAAGGACAGCAGGAACAUCAACAUCCGGGAUGUGGGGAGACUUUAUCAAGGCGGCACAAAGUUACAUCGUUCAGUUACAGUGCUACCAGACAAGCGGGGAAAGCGAUCAUAAGUGGGAGACAACAUGUGUCCAGACUAAGAACGAAACCAAUUGUGAAAAAAAGGAAAACGACCAGCAGGCAAUUACAAAUUACAAAAAGAGUAGAUCUAUCCCGAAAGCGUCACAAUCAAGGAUGCUGAAUAAGGAGUCGAACCCGUACCGUCAGAUAAAGACUAGGGUUCGAAUCCAGGCCCUGACACAGCACACGAAGGAGGCAGACCAAAACAUAACCCAGAUGAUAACAGCUGACGAGAGGAGGGACUCCCCACAACCCCCCGAAGCAGGCGUUAUUCAGGGAAUAUCCCAGAUUAAGGAUACAUCCAAGACUCCAGGACUCGUGGAGGGUAGCCUAAUCAACAAGGACAGGAAACCAGAAAGGAAACCCCAACAUGUGAAGACGCUGAGCAACAUCUGCUUCAGUAGAUGCCUGAAGGGUAUGAAUCACGGAGCUCAUGGGGUAGUUUACGAUGAUGAAGUUCUGCCCAAGAGGGCCAAUCUGAAGUGGAGAGACAAAUACAACAGCCACACCGACCCAUCCAGAGUCUCCCGCAGCUCCCAGCGAUCCUGA